AGACACUUAUUACCUGUGUGACCCUGUGCAAGUCUCUUGACCCCCAUUGCCUACCCCCUUACCACUCUUCUGCCUUGGAACCAAUACUUGGUAUUGAUUCUAAGACAAAAGGUAAGUGUUUAAAAACAAGUAAAUAAAAGUGAUUGAGCUUUGCAUUUGCUUUUGGCACUUUUCCUCUGCAUCAGGCAGUUAUGAUGAGCCUUGCCUCUCCAGAUAAAUUGUAAACUACUCUGAGCAAGGAUUUUGUCUUAUACUGUUGCCUGGCAUAAAAGGAAGGUUGGAUUUGAUGCCAAAGGGGAUUUGGAUUUGAAUCAGCAACUUGUGACUUACCCAUAUCACCUCACCUCUGACAGUGAAAUUGGAUGUUGUUGUUCAUCCUUUCAGUCGUUUUGGACUCUUUGUGACCCCAUGGGCCGUAGGAGAAGGUGGACGAGAUGACCUCAAAGAGCCCUUUCAUCUCUAAAGCCCCAGUCUAGGAUCCUGGGGCUGUUUUCUAACUGCUUAAUUCGUUGGGUGUUCGUGUCUGCCUCACCUAGGUUGGGAAUGGAAGGGAACCGCUAUCAGCUUCUUUCAUUAGGGAGAAUACCGAGCAUUCAGAUUAUGCGGGAGUGUGUGCCCCGGAGGGAUUUCAGAUUUGAGAAUCUUGCCCCAGCUGUGACCCAAAGAUCCAACUUCAGGUGUCUGGGUUCUGAUAAAUGGAACUAGGCCUGAGGAACCGUUCAGGUCCAGAUGUCAUCGGCUGCGGCAUCACCAGCUCUGCUGUCUGGUCUGGCUGCCUUGGUGCCUGUCUUUUUAAGAGAUCCCAGCCCUCCCUCCUGCAGACAUCCCCAGUACAGCGAGUAGUUGAUUCUCCACCAGCCCCUGCCUCAGGUAGCAAUGGCAGCUUGCUGCAUUCCCCCCGUCCCCAGCUUCCGCAGAUGGCCCCGGGGCAUCCCCAGCGGGGCCGCGGCUGGGUAGAGCUUCCCGAACCCUUGCCUGUGCUGUAUCCUGGGUCAGCCCAUGCUCCUUGCUAUCCGCUUGUUGCGCUGCAUCAGGGUCCAGGAACACACCCAGCGCUAGUCCCCAUCUGUUGCAGUCGUGCGGCAGCGCUAGCUAGCAUCGCAUAGCAGCCGAGUCUUAGAACCUGCCUGUACAAAGGAGGGGGGGCGGCUUGGAAAACCCCUUCUCCUAUGGACCUUUCAGGAGAGGCAGAAGGAUUUUUCAGAGCCGAUCUUAGUUCCUUUGCCAUGCCAUUCCUAGAUGGAGACCUGGAGAGCUCGGAAAAGCAUGCUUCCCGGAAGGUGGACAGUCCCUUCAGUUCUGGGAGCCCUUCCAAAGGAUUCUUCUCUAGAGGCCCUCAGCACCGGCCUUCCAGCCCUGUGUCAGCCCCUGUGAGGGCCAGAAAUAGCCCUGGCUCUCCCAAAACAGUAUUCCCAUUUCCCUACCAGGAGUCUCCUCCCAGAUCUCCACGUCGCAUGAGCUUCAGUGGCAUCUUUCGCUCCUCCUCCAAAGAGUCCUCCCCGAACUCCAACCCAUCUACCUCACCUGGGGGAAUCAAGUUUUUUUCCCGCUCGAGAAAAACCCCUGGCCUUUCAUCUUCACCAUCUACCCCUACCCAAGUGAUCAAGCAACAUACUUUUCCUCUUGAAUCCUAUAAGAAUGAGCCUGAGCGAUUAGAAACACGAAUUUAUGCCUCCUCUUCUCCCCCGGACACAGGCCAGAGGUUCUGCCUGCCCUCCUUCCAGAGUUCAGCCAAGCCUCCCUCUGCAGCUUUGGCUCCCUAUGCUACCUCCACAACAGCGGCUGUAGCAGCGGCCGCGGCGGCAGCAGCAGUUGCAGCAGCAGCAGCUCCAGGAACCGCUGAAGCCGGCAUGCUGGAGAAAUUAGAGUUAGAAGAGGAAGCAAUAGAAGAAUCCGAAAGUGAUAUUUACAUGCGAUUCAUGAAGUCUCACAAGUGUUACGACAUUGUUCCAACCAGCUCGAAGCUUGUUGUCUUUGACACUACAUUACAAGUUAAAAAGGCCUUUUUUGCCUUGGUAGCGAAUGGUGUUCGAGCUGCGCCACUGUGGGAGAGUAAGAAACAGAGUUUUGUAGGAAUGCUAACAAUUACAGAUUUCAUAAAUAUACUACAUAGAUAUUAUAGAUCUCCAAUGGUACAGAUUUAUGAAUUAGAAGAACAUAAAAUUGAAACAUGGAGAGAACUUUAUUUACAAGAAACAUUUAAGCCUUUAGUGAAUAUAUCCCCAGAUGCGAGCCUCUUCGAUGCUGUUUACUCAUUGAUCAAAAAUAAAAUCCACAGAUUGCCAGUUAUCGACCCUGUCAGUGGGAACGCACUUUAUAUACUUACCCACAAAAGAAUACUCAAGUUUCUUCAGCUAUUUGUGUCUGAGAUGCCAAAGCCUGCCUUCAUGAAACAGAACCUAGAUGAACUUGGAAUAGGAACGUACCACAACAUUGCCUUUAUACAUCCAGACACUCCUAUCAUUAAAGCCUUGAAUAUAUUUGUAGAAAGACGAAUAUCAGCUUUGCCUGUUGUGGAUGAGUCAGGAAAAGUUGUAGAUAUUUAUUCCAAAUUUGAUGUAAUAAACCUUGCUGCUGAAAAAACAUACAAUAACCUAGAUAUCACAGUGACACAAGCCCUGCAGCACCGUUCCCAAUAUUUUGAAGGUGUCGUGAAGUGUAGCAAGCUGGAAACGCUGGAGACCAUCGUGGAUAGGAUAGUAAAAGCUGAGGUUCAUCGGCUGGUGGUAGUAAAUGAAGCAGAUAGCAUUGUGGGUAUCAUCUCACUCUCAGACAUUCUACAAGCCCUGGUACUCACACCAGCAGGUGCCAAACAAAAGGAAAGUGAAGCAGAAUGACCACGGUGAACACAGAAGCCUUGAGUGAAUGUAGGAGAACGUGAACUAAGUUUCUGGGUCAAGUUUUUGCCUCACAAACACUGACUGCAAUAGAAGAGAGUAAUGGUUAUGAGAAUGUCGAUCGCAAUAGCGUGAUGGGUAAUGAAUCUAUUUUCCCCAGUGAUGUCUAAGCUAAGCAUGACAAAGAGCUCGAUUGGUUUAAAGAUUGUCUUGUAUUAAAAAAUAUAUAUGCAUAUAUAUUUCCAGACCUUUUCUGAAAGAUUUAACAUACUGUUGACCUCUCAAUUGUACUAUGGCCUGAAAUUCUAUCACUUUUUGCAAUUGAAAGAGCUCCCUGAUAGCCAAGUGACAGGUAAAUGUGACAUAAGGUGAGUGUAUGGCAUAUUCCUAACCCAGUGCCUUAUGUCAGAUACAGCAAUAUGUCAUCACUGUUGCCCAUCACUGUUGGAGAAAGUAUUUGUGUGAAGAGAAAACUCUGUUUGAAUGUGAAAGUCUUUGAACCUAUUACCAAAUCAGUUUAAGUUUUCAUUAGAUUUGUCAUAAAAGCUAUACUUUGAAUAUAAAUAGAUUUACUUUAAUGAGUUUUGUGUUUAAAUGUUGCAUUCUGGACUAAGAUGUAAAACAAGACUGAUUUUAAAAACAGCUUUAUUUAUUUUUACUUUCAUGGCAAUUUUUUACACAUCUUUUGGUGGAUAGUUAAAACUUCACCAUAUCCAUUAAUAAACUGUUGAUUGUUAUACAAAAAAAAAGUGGCAGAUUUCUCGUUAUUUGUUUGGACCUGAAGAGGAUAUGGCUUCCGGAAGUUAAAAGUUUAUAAAAGCAUGCAUUGAAACCUAUUACUCUCUACUGUAUUGUAAAUAGGCAGCAGUCAUUGAGGAAAUGAAAUGCCAGAGAAAUGUCUAUUUUUUUCUUGUGUAUUGCAAUGUAAAAUCAUGAUGUUUGUAUGACUGCUGAUACUUCUUUUUUUUUUGUAAAUUUUAUUGUGGCGUAUACAAUAUUAUCAUACAGUUGCAAGGAGAAAGGAACAUUUCCUAAUGUAAAUGCUCUAAAAAUGUUGAGACUAUAUAAUUGUAGCUUUUCCUUUGCAGAUGGAAGAAAUUAAAGCAAAUCCUACUGUCUAUGAUUUUGUUAGAGUUCUUAAAAAAUAACACGUAUUUCUGCAUGUAUUGAAUAAGAUUCUACAUGCCCUUUUUCACUCAAAUAUUUCUCGCCCUUUAAAGCAGACUGAGUCCUUUUGUCCUCGAUCCCAGCAUCAAAGGAAUCUUUGAUUAAUUCCUUAAUUCAGUUUCUUUACUGCCCCAUUAUCAAACAUGACUAUAUUUAAUUAAAAUCUGCCAAGAAAAUAUUCUUGUAAUAAGGGGCCAGUUUUUCUUUUCUCAGUAGAGCAAAUCUUGUUUGUGGCUCUGUUCUGUGUGUUGGUCUUUGCACAUGUCUUUGUGCAUGUUUGCUCUCCCCUAUGCAUUGAUGCUUUGGAAAAUAAUCACAGCUGUUGAGGCCGAAUAGUAGUUGCCUCACGUUAUCGCUCAUCUUGUGGAUUACAGAAUACCUGUGCCACUCUUUGUGAAGAAUACCAUUUUUGUUUGUACAAUCUGGCAGAGGCUGUAAGUAUGAUCCAUCGUUUAAAUGUUGACUUUCCUUCUGUGAGAAAUGGCAGAACUAUGGUUUUUAAAAAGAACUUGAUUUUAUUUUAUUUGUGGAGGGAAGCGAGAAAGCUUAGGAAGCUGACAUUCAACAACACGGUCUUGAAAGCCUGGACAGUGCCUUAAUCCAGAUUUAUUUCUGUGACAGCAUUACAGUGCCCCCUCACUCCCUGCCCCAUGCCCCUGAUUUGACCAUUUCACAGAGCCUCUAGUUCUUGUUUUUUAGGGAAGAACCAAGAUGAUUUCCCACAACUACUAAAGUAGGGAAGAGUUUCCAUUUCAGAAAACAGCAGUUUGAGCCAUCCAAAAAGAAAUCUCUUAGCACUGACACUUUCCUUACCUUCCUUUCACAUGUUCAUCUAUCCGACUCAGCACAUUGAGCAGAGGGCUCUUAUCCUUCUGCUUAAAGCACUCAUUAGCUCCGGUAGUUAAAAGAAUGUCGAGCAUAAUGAAGAUUUACAGAGGUUACUAAUUAAGAAUGGUUUUCAAAGUGAAGCAUUUUUUUUUAUCAUUAAGGUCCAUAUUACUAAUAGCUACUGCUUUCUUUCUUCCAGAAAAGUAAUAAAUAGGCCACAUAAAUGGUAAGGCUAAGGCAAUUUAGUCCUCUUACUUACCUGUGCAUCUCUUUGGAAGUAAGAUGAGUUUGUAAAUAUUUAUCCCCCCCCCCAAGAUUGUUGGAGUUAUUUUGAUUUAUGUACAGCCCUAUGCCCUUAGCAUGACCAAAAUGCUGUUUGUGUGUUACAAACAAUAGCUACUUCCAGGUUUGAAUUUUUUAUUUGAUUUUAUCAUCACCUUCUUAAGUGACUAGGCCGGGGUUCAUAACACUCUUUGUGUGUUAUGACCCUUUUGGCCGUCUGAUUAAGCCUAUGGAUCCCUUCCCAGAAUCAUGUUUUUAAAUGCAUAAAAUAAAACCAUAUCAGCUUACGAAGGAAACCAAUUAUGUUGAAAUUUAGUUCUUAAAAGGUUUUUUUUUUUUUUAUCAAGUUCAUGGACCCCAGGUUUUUGCCCCUGUUCUAGGGUUCUAAAGUGCAUAUCUAUGAAGACUUGGGCAAAACAGGUUCCAUGUGUAUCAAAUACAUUCUUAACCACUCCACAAAGCCAGGCCCCAAGAGAGCAUUUGAAGGCCAACUGUUGCAAUUCCGCAGUGAAUCAGGGCUAGGGCGAGGGUCAGCCAAGUUCUUGUUACCUACCCAGAAAGUCAAAGCCCCAACUCAAAAAUCAUCUUUUGCAACAGAGCGCAGUGAAACAGGCAUCAGAUAACUCAUGUGUCUUCUUGCACCCUUUCUAACCUUCCUCUUCUCUCUGAGCCUCAGUUUCCCCUUCUAUAAAAUGAGAAAGUUGUACUGGACAACCCCCACUGUCCAUCCCCACUUUACAGGUCUGUGAAUUCUGUGAAUCAAUGGGGUCAUAAACCUCAGUGUUCUAAUAAUAGUUUUGAUAAUACACAUCAAAUCAAAGUGUUCUUAAAAUAACAAUAAAGGGACACAUACAAAGGGACACCAUGACUUUCAAUAUAAAAAUCCCUAGGCAGUCUCUGAGGAAUGAGGUUGUACCCUAACUACUCAACUGAAAAAUUCACUUACCCUUAGAGGGAGAAUGUAAUCAGAUAGCCUUUAGAGGAAAUAAAGUCAUUUGUGGGAACAGGCCAGAGAUGAACUCUCGGUGUCCACAGAGGCACAACCCUUAUGUGCUUUCCUAUUCUUUAAGGACUUUCACAGGAUUUCUACUCUAUGCAUUUCUAUAUACAGACAAAUCUUGCCCUUUUCGCAUGGACACACUCUAAAGAGAAAAUUUCCAUCUGCAGCCAAAUCCUCUGGGAAAUAUCUGGAAAAUAGAUAGCAAAUUCCACUCUAGAAUAUUUUUGCCUUCAUGGAAUACUACAAAACAUAAAGAUUGUUCUUUUUCACAUGAGAUUGCAUUGUGAGAGUUUGGAUUUGCUAAUUUUUAAACAAAAUAGACUUGUACUUGCACGGCAUACUUUUUAAAAUUUCAAACGAAAUCUCUUGAAGUUUUUUCUUUUGCAUAGUAAAGUGAUAACCAUAGUUCCCUUUAAUAAAGGAUCUUCAUACUUCUUGGUUAUGUCAUUUUUUUCUUUCUUGCACAAAAUAAUAUAUUAAUUUUUUUUAUCUUUUGAUGGCCCCAUUAUUGUGAUAAUUGCUUCAAAAUUAUAUUGUACAAAUAUUCACUAAUAAAGUAGAAUGAGUUAAAUUAUGGUAA